CUUGCGUUUCGUAUAAAAGGCCAGAACUUAAACGUUGGUGACCAAUUUGUGAAAAUGUUGGCUAAGAUAGCACUCAUUUGGUCGGUGUAUGGAAUAUUUUCGGCAAUCGGAGCAUAUCAAGUGGUACAAUAUCUACAAAAUGGAGUGCCUGGUUACCUGAACAUAACCUCCGAUCCAUUCGUAAAUAUCAACGGUGGGUUCUAUUAUAUUGAACCAAAAUCGAAAGUGACCUGGUAUCAGGCUUUCGAGUCCUGUCGUCGAAUGGAUGCCUAUCUGAUUGCCUUCGAAACCAUUGAAGAAUGGAACCAGAUCAACCAAUACCUGUGGAAUCACAACAUCAGUGAUUUGUACUGGACUUCGGGUGUGGACUUGGCGGUUGAGGGAAAACACGGUUGGUUCUCAAUCGGCGAGCCCAUCCAACUAAAUAUUUGGGGCACUGGAGAACCAAACAAUAUGGAUGGAGUUGAGCAUUGUGAUGAGCUGGGCUACGAUGGAAAUGCCACCAAUUACAAGGUACUGAACGAUAUACAGUGCGACGAGCAAAGAUUAUUCAUAUGCGAGACUCAUGGACCCAAAACGGCAUCGGUUGUAGUGUGGUAGAGAUGGGAUAUAAAAAACCCUUUGCCUUUCCAGAAUAAAUAUAU